AUGUCCUUUUUUGGAUUUGAUCCCACCAGGCCGCCGCCAGGCGCAGGAAACGAGGAAGUUUACGAUUUUGAAAACACGUAUCAAGGAUUAGGUGAACCGGAAGAGGAUGACGCAUUCAAUUCAGAGACGUUUGGCGCCAGUACCAGCGAGAUUAGGAAAGAUUUUAAGUUUUCGGACGAAUCAGCAGCUAGUGAUAGCAGUUUAAAAACCACCGUCACUGCAAACCAGCCGACUUCGCUUAGUUAUGCCCAAGCUGUGCUGAGCGGGCCCGCGAAUGAUGACGAAUUCAUGCAAGAGUUGUGGGGAACGUCGAAUGCUCCAAGCAAGCCGGCUCCGCUUGAGAAGGAGGAGGGGGGAGGAGCGCCGGAGAAGAAGAUUUUGUCGUUGGAGGAAAUCGAGGCCCAGCUUACUGCUAUUGACCAAUCUCAGCAGCAGUUUCCUCCACAGCAACAUGGCCUGUUCCCUCCUCACGGUUACGGACUCCCCGGGAUGAUGCCUUCUCACCAUCUCAAUCCACAUGCACCGCCGCCACCACCACCUCAAUUUAAUGGUUAUGUCAUGGGUGGGUACAUGCUCAAUCAAUUUGGCUAUCCCGGAAUGUUGCCCCAGCAGAUUGCCCACAUGCCGCCUCCCGUGGCUCAAGCUCCUCAGUUUCAGCAACCUACUGAGCAAAAUCAACCACCACAAGUUCAACAAGGUGACAAUCUGCAACCAUCGGUGGCUGAAAAGGAAAAACAAGCUGCUUCAUCACAACCCGUGAGGAUUCAAAAAGUCGACUUGUCCCAAUUCCCAGUGCUCGGAUCGAAAGAAGCCAUCCAGCAGCACCAGCACCAGCAACAGCAGCAGCAUGAGUACUUGGAGCAACACCAACAACAGCAACCACAACAACAAAAUCACCAUCAUCAGCAACAACAACAACAACAACAACAGCAACAACAGCAACAGCAACAGCAACAGCAACAAUAUCAACGUCAACAGCAGCUUCAUUCUGGCCAGGUUCACCCCCACCAGCGUCUACAAGACCUAACACCGGAGGAACGGGAAAAGGCAUUAAAGAGACAAGAGAAGGUCUCAAGAAUCAUGCGAUACUCGGGAAUAAUGGUCCCAAAGGACAAGGAUUUUGUGACCAGAUUCCAAUUGUCGCAAAUUGUCACUGAGGACCCUUAUAAUGAAGAUUUCUACGCUCAAGUUUACAAAGUCAUCCACCCCAAAACGGUGAAUGGGAUCCAGACCGCUCCAGAAGAGCAGAACAACUCCAUUGCUCAGGCAUACUUGGACCACAGUGGACACAGAUUAGGCGGGCGUUACAAGAGAGCCGACGUUGCCUUGCAGAGAAUGCAGCAGCAAGUGCAGAAAGCAGUGGCGGUUGCCAAGGACAGACCUAAGCCUAAGCAAUACACCAAGGAAGGAGCUUUGGGUAAGAUUUCGUUUGCUAGCGGCAAGAAGCCCAGACAGCAAUUGGAGAUUAUCAGCAAAGCCGCCGAGAGGGAAAAGAAGGAGGAUCGGAGUGAAAAGAAGGAGGAUAUCCGCAAGUACUCCAAAAAGGACAUUUUGGCCACGUUGGAGAAUAUCAUUACCGAAUUGAUGAAUGCCGAGAGCGAAUCGAGAACCCAGGCUGAGGUCGACACCGCCAAGCUUUGGGAAGCAACAAAAGUGUUGGAGCAGACCUCGACCUCGGGCGACGAGGAGAGCGAAGUCAACCCAUUUAUCCAAUGCUUAAACUACAACAAGAUGUUGAAGAUCUUGGUUCGUUUCUUCAAGUUUCUCAACCGGGAGCAAAUAUUGACGAUUGCCGCUUUGGUGAUGUCGAACUUGGAGAAUUUGUCCGUCAUCAAGAACGGGUCAUAUACAACUUACCCCGAUAAGAAAGUACCUGCCUCGAUCCUCAAACUCGUUGACGCCUACUCGUUGACUUUUUCCAAAGUGUUGAUGAAUGCCGUGUUGGAUUUCAAGUUCAAUGAGAUUGUGGGGCUAUUGGUGAUUUUGAUCGAGCACAACAAUGUCUCCUUUGUCUCCACCACCAAGAUCGGCUUAACCAUCUUGACCACUUUGUUAUCGCGUGCCGAGUUGAUCAUUGGCGAAGGGCAGAUUUCCGCCACUGACUUAUCGGAAUGGUCAUCAUGUUACGAUGAAUUGUUUACUGCGUUGGAAUCGAGGAUUGCAGCUAUUUUCCCGCCCAAUCCAGUUGAAGUCGACGAUGGAUCAUCGAGAGAAAACUACAUUUGGCAGUUCCUCGCUACGUUAUCGCUCGGAGGCAAAUUGAGCCACCAGAGAAUCAUUGUUGACGAGUUGCGAGAUGAAAUCUUUGGCGUUAUGAACCGGGCCAAGGCUAUUGACAAUCUGGACUUGGCCAACUUGUACAAGAAACAGAACUUGUUGAACAAUUUGAACAUGUAUCUCGUUGUGAUGGGGCUUGUUGCCGAUGAGAAUGAAAUUAAAGAGAUUUGA